UCAACGCCUCUAACUGAAUCAGUUUCAAAUCUAACUAACAAGCGCGCUUUCCAAGAUUCCAAUAACCGCCUUCACCGUUCUCAUAACCGUUUCUUUCCCUCGCUCUCUCACUGGCGCGUGCUUUACAUACACACAUAAAUACCCUGCAACUCUUCACUCGCUUCAUUUCGCAACCGCAUUCACUCUUGAAUCUGAUUUUCUCUGUUUCCGCAAUGGAAAAUUUCUCAGUUCGAUUCGCUUUGUUCUGCACCGUCUUCUUCGCCGCCGUGCUCUGCUGCCCCAAGGUCACCGCCACUGAAGGAAUGGAAGCUGCUUUCGCUCAUUCAACGCCACCGCCUCCUCCGCACGAUCUUCAAGAACACUCGUUCUUCUCCCACACUGCGCUUCUUCCUCCGAUCUUGUCACAUCUCGGUUUCCACGACCUUGCGACGGCGGCGCCGUCGCUCUCUGACGCUGCUGCAACUGUAACUGCAGCUUCCUCUGCCUGGAAUGGUCCUUCCACUAUCUUCGCUCCGUCGGAUUCCUCGCUCCGGACUUGCUUUUCUUGCUCCGUGCCUAAUCUCCUCCGCGAGCACAUCGUUCCAGGUCUCUUCCCCAUCGAUUAUCUGAGGAAACUUUCUUUUGGCACCAAGAUCGAGACCUUGAGUCCGGGACGAUGCAUCACCGUUACCGCCGAAUCGGUCAAUCACAACACCAGCGCCGCCGUCGCUCCGAAGGUCUUCAUCGGAGGCGUGGAGAUCACGCAGCCGGAUCUGUUCAACAACGGCAUGGUCGUGGUUCAUGGCCUUCAAGGCUUCGUUUCUCCGCUGUCUCCGUUCUCUUGCGAUGUCGAGAGGAUGACCUCGCUCUCCUUCCCGUACCAUCCAGAUCACCGUUCCGGUCAUCAUCUCCACCACACUCACGGCGCUCCUCCGAUGCAGCCUACAUUCAUGCGUCUCAUGCUCAAAGACGCCAUGCUCAGGCUCCGUAACAACGGAUUCAGCAUCCUCGCACUCGCGAUGAAGGUCAAGUACGCAGAGCUCGUGACUCUCAGCAACAUGACGGUGUUCGCCGUCGACGAUCUUUCCAUCUUCUCCGGUUCACACUCGUACAUCAGCAAUGUCAGGUUCCACAUCGUGCCGAACCGUUACUUGACGAUUGCAGAUCUGGAGAAGCUUCAUGUAGGGACUGCUCUGCCGACAUUGGAAAGAGGCCAACCGCUGCUCAUCACAACCUCCGGCGGAGGAGCUACGUCGGCGCCGAUGAGGAUUAACUAUGUGAGGGUGAAGGUGCCGGAUGUCAUGCGCAACAUCAAGAUUGUGGUGCACAGCGUGUACUUGCCGUUUCCGCACAUUAAUCCCGUGGCAGCGGCUUAUGAUACUUUCUUAGGCGCCGGUGGAGGAGCAGCGGCGGAAGGAAUGGCUGAUGAUAUUCCAGAUUCUGUUGGUCAGGCGAUGGAAGGGGCCUGCGCUGGUUGUGGCGGCGUCGCUGCUGCUGCUGUAUCACCCAUGCCUCAGGUGAAACCAAUGGUGGAGAUUGAAGACCACCAUGGCCUGUGAAUGUGAUUCUGAUCAUGAUGAAGACGGUCCACUUCUUUCUCUGCUGAAGUGAAACUUGGUCACAUUUGUUGUUUAGUUCUUUUCUUGCAUAUUUUAGUAUAAUUGCUUUGUUCUUGUUAGUUUGUGCAUUCUGCAUUCAUAAUGAAAUGUGAAUUUUCCUAUGAUAUGUUGUACACUGUAAACAGCAAAUGCAAUACUCCAAUAAAUUUUUUGUGAUUCCGAUUUCACAAAUUUCCUGAUU